AUGCCCGCCGUCGACGUUGCAGCUUCUGCCGCCGGCGAGGACGUUCGAGUCCUUGGCUAUGACCCUCUCAUUCCUCCUGCCCUCCUGCAAGCUGAGAUUCCGGCCUCUCAAACCUCCGUCGAGACUGUGGCUAAAGGUCGCCGAGAAUGCAAAGAAAUCAUACAUCAGCGGGACGACAGACUUCUUGUCAUGGUCGGCCCUUGUUCGAUCCACGAUCCUGCAACAGCCCUUGAAUAUGCCGGUCGGCUGAAAGCGCUCUCCGAGAAGCUGUCGUCGGAUCUAUGCAUCAUCAUGCGUGCUUACCUAGAAAAGCCCCGGACCACGGUGGGCUGGAAAGGCCUCAUCAACGACCCGGACAUUGACGAGUCCUACAAAAUCAACAAAGGCCUCCGUGUCUCGAGACAACUCUAUGCCGAUCUCACCUCAAUGGGCAUGCCCAUUGCAAGCGAAAUGCUUGACACCAUUUCCCCGCAGUUUUUGGCCGACCUGAUCUCCCUAGGUGCCAUUGGCGCCCGAACAACCGAGUCUCAACUGCACAGAGAACUCGCCUCGGGUCUGUCCUUCCCUAUGGGUUUCAAGAAUGGCACAGACGGGUCGCUCUCCGUGGCUAUUGACGCCGUAGGAGCCGCCGCCGCAAAACACUACUUUAUGGGUGUCACAAAACAAGGCCUGGCUGCUAUAACAAAAACAUCCGGCAACGAAGACGGCUUCGUGAUCCUCCGCGGUGGUUCAAAGGGCACAAACUACGAUGCAGAGUCCGUAAAGGCAGCUCGCGCAGCCUUGAAGUCCAAGGGCCAGAGAGAAGUCAUGAUGAUUGACUGCUCACAUGGCAACUCGAAAAAGAACCACAAGAACCAGCCCCUGGUCGCUCAAGCAAUAGGCGACCAGUUGAGACAGGGAGAAGACGCAAUCGUGGCGGUCAUGAUUGAAUCCAACAUCAACGAGGGAAAUCAGAAGGUGCCCCCGGAGGGUGGUCUCGCUAGCCUGGAAAAGGGAGUCAGCAUUACGGAUGCUUGCAUCAAUUGGGACACGACGGUUGAGGUCCUGGAGCAGCUUGCUGAGGCGGUGAGGGCGAGGAGACAAGUCCAGAAGAGCCCACAGAACGGGACGAACGGUGUGUCCAACGGGCACCACUAG